GAAGAGAGAAAGGAAGCGCCCGAACCGCUGCAGGCAAGCCGAGGCCGCCGCUGGGCUGGCGCGAAGGCUGAGCCGCUCCACUGCGCGGCUGCUGCGGCCAGCCCUGCCCGUCGAGGGGGCGGGGCCAGGCAAAGGAGGCUCCCCGCGCUCCGCGCCCUCCCCAGACCCAGCCGCAGCACACCCAGUCGAAGGUGCCUCUGCAGCCGCCGCCCGUCGAAGGACGAGCAGGAGCCGGAGCGGAGCGGAGCCGAGCCGAGCGCGCGCUCUCCCGAUGCCGCCGCAGGAGGAGCCGCCGGGCUUAGCUGCGGGGGCGCUGCUGCUGCUGCCGCCCGUGCCCCCGCACCGGCCCCGCGGGCGGAGGGCGUCGCAGGAAGCGCUGCGCGGGCUGGAGUGCGUGCUGCUGGGCGACGGCGCGGUGGGCAAGACCAGCCUGGCGCUCAGCUACAGCACCAACGGCUUCCCGGCGCGCUACGUGCCCACCGCCCUCGACCGCUUCUCCGCGGUGGUCCAGGUGGACGGCGCCCCGGUGCGGCUGCAGCUCUGCGACACGGCCGGGCAGGACGAAUUUGAUGCGCUGCGCCAGGUCUGCUACCCCAAGGCGGAUGUCUUCCUGCUCUGCUUCAGCGUGGUGGCGCCCACGUCCUUCCAAAACAUCUCCGAGAAGUGGUACCCCGAGGUGCGGCGCCACUGCCCCUCCACGCCGGUGCUGCUGGUGGGGACCCAGUCGGACCUGCGCCAGGACGUCAAGGUGCUGAUCGCCCUCUCCCGGAGCCGAGAGAAGCCCGUGCCGCCUGCUGCUGCCCGCUCGCUGUCUGCAAAGCUGGGGACGGUGGGCUACGUGGAGUGCUCCGCCCUCACCCAGCACAACCUCAAGGAGGUCUUUGACACGGCCAUCACAGUGGGCCUGCGGCAUACGGAGCACCCUGGCCCCAAGGCCCGGAGGAGCACCGCCAGACACAUCCGGGCGCUUUCCAAGGCCUGGUGGAGGAAGUACGUGUGCGUGCGGUAGCCCUGGCUUCUCCCACAGGAGGCGGGACUUCCUGUGCACCCUGUCCACGAACUGCUCUGCGCACAUCCGCCCCACCACACACACUGGGGGUAGGUGUGCCCCUGAUAUGCUCCCCCACUGACUGACUGACUGACUGACAGCAGAUUGAUGCUGCGGCACCAGGAGAUGGCCAGGGCUCCCUUUCCGUGGGCUCUGUGGCUUCUGAGGGUGGCCCUUGUGUGGCCUGGCCUUUGAGCAGCCUCCCAGGGCUUGCUGGCUAGUUUUGGCCUCCGCAGCUGCAGCUCAGCGGAGCUGAAACCCCACCGCAGCCAGGCUGGGUGCUUGCCUAGCUGCUCUGAGUCCGAAAGCAGGAAGGAGACCCGUCUCCACCUCGGCCCUCUUGGAACACAGCCCCCGUGCCCCCCAGCUACUGGGGCUGAAGGGCCUCUGCAGGAGCCGAGUCCACGCUGGAGAGCCUCUAAAGGGACGUGGCUGGGCUCUUGCAGCCAGCUGCCUCUAGAGGAGGAGGCUUCUGCUGGCCUCUCUCCCUGCUCCAGCAGGUAGAAGGAGAACAUUUUGUUCCUGGUUGGGAAGAGUGUGCAGCGUCAGGGAAUCGGAGGCAGAGUCAAAUCCCCACCUCCGGCCCCGGCUGUGGUAGGAGGAGCAAAGUUGCAGAGAAGUUUUCCAUCCCUGUGGGAUUUGGUUUAAAAAACAAAAACCAAAAAACCCAAGCAUUUGGAUCCGAAACUUUUGAUUUGGAUUUCAAAAUUCAAAUGUUGAGACACUUCAAGCACUAAAGCAACAAUGUGUGUCUUAUUUUAUUGUCGCUGAAGCUUUUGUUUGAACCCCACUGGAAGUGGCUUUGGUCUGGGCCACGUGGCAACCUGUGCCCUCUGCAAGGUCAAGCAGGCUGCCUCUUUCUGACUGCUCUGGAGCCAUCUUCCUGCAGGCCUGGCUGAGCAGCAGCUUUGCAAAGGAGGCCACGGUGCCUCUUCCUCCUGCUCUGCCUCCCCAGAGCAGAAGCCCAGGACCACUCCCCACCCCCACUCCCCACCCCCACCCCGCCUGCAGGGAUUGUGCAAAAUGUUUCCUCUCUUCCUCCCAAGUUUUCUCUCUCGGGAGGGUUUUUGCUGGUGGGGAAGAGAAAAGCAUAACCUUUCCACCGUUGGCCUCCCUUUGGGGUUCCCUGUUUCACGGCAGGGCGCCCGGCUGGCGCCGCCUAGGGAGUGGGAAUGCAGCCCCAGCCAUGGUGCUGGCGUGGUGCUGUGCCUUUGAAGCCCUGCUGCUGUCCAGAGGGGCAAGUUUCUCCGACUGGACACUUGGCAGGCCGAGAUGGUCCCCUCUUCCUGGCUGGACAAGAGAGGGUCUGCCACCACAACUUGUCCUUUUCUCACCCCACCUUCUUCCGCUUGGAGAUGCUGAACUUCCAGGACUUUGGGAGACCACAAAAGAGCCUCCUCCAGGUUGUGUCCACACUGGAACGUUUGCGGCCAAAGGCCACUUGGUUUCUUUCUUACAAACCAAUUAAAUGAGUUGUUUGUUCUC